AGACAUCUUCCGGCAGACGGAGACAUCUUCCGGAAGAUGGAGAGGGACUUCCGGUCCCGUUGCACGAUCGCCAUCUUCACACGACGGGUCGGGAGCGUGCGGACGAAUCGAGACCUGCGGCUCGCGUUCAGGAUAAAGUAGAGACCAUCUGACCCCCGCUCUUCGCCCCCCAUGGCUCCCAAGAGCGGCCGGCGCAAGAGCCGCGCAAAGCCCAACUUGGCCACCCUGAGCGUCGACGAGUUCUUUGCAUCAGCAGCUGUUGAUGACGAUGGCGACGACGAUGGAGCCGCCAUCGACGAGAAGGAGGCGAUCCAGGAUGAGCGGGUGGAGCCGGCGGUUCUCCGUGACGACGGUGGCGGUGCUGGCAGGCAUGCUAGCCAGCACAAGCAGGACCUAGUGAAGCUGCGCCACAAAGAUCCUGAGUUCUACAAGUUCCUCGAGGAGAACGACCGCUCGCUGCUCAACUUCAACGACUCGGACACGGAGUCCGACUCGGAUGGCGAUCCUCGCGUGCACCGCCCGCCCAAGCGCCUCAAGGAAGCGCCCAGCGGAAGCGACGACGAUAGCGAUUUGGACGACGACGACGAAGAGGAAGAGCGAUCUAAACGCAAGCCUGGUCGCUCGACUUCAUCAGCCGUGAAGGUGACAGCCGACAUGGUGUCGCAGUGGCGCGAGGCGGUGCGCGGCGGAAACCUCUCCCCGGGGCUGCUGCGCGACGUCACGCUCGCCUUCAGCGCCGCCGUGGCGGCCACGCGGGGCGGCGCCGGCGGCCCCGACUCGGCCACGCCUGCUGCCGCGGCCGCGCGGUUCAAGGUGGAGGGUGGCACCGUGUUCAACGCGCUGGUGAGCUGCGCAGUGCGCGACCUCGCGCCCGCCCUCGACCGCCUGCUCCAACUCCGGCCCUCCGACGACGCCGGCAAGGUCGCGCUGCCGAACACGAGCCGCCUGUGGCGGCGCGUGCGGCGUGACGUGCGCACGUACCUGUGCGACGUGCUGCAGCUGGCGGCCGUGCUGGCGGAGCCCUCGGUGCUGCGCGCCACGCUGCGCCACGCCCACGCGCUCGUGCCGUACUACCUGAGCUUCCCCAAGCUGGCACGUCGCCUGCUGCGCUCCAUGGUGCGGCAGUGGAGCGCUGGCAGCGACGACUCGUGCCGCGUGCUCGCCUUCCUGGCGCUGGCGCGCGUGACGCGCCACAACCUGUCGGCAUACCAUGGCACGGUGGUGCGCGCCAUGUACCUGGCGUAUGUGCGCAACGCGCGCUUCUCCUCGCCCGACUCCUUGCCCCUCGUCGGCUUCAUGCAGCGCUGCCUGUGCGAGGUGCUCGCCAUGGACCCCGCCGGCGCGCAUGCCCACGCCUUCGCCUACGUGCGCCAGCUCGCUGUGCACCUGCGCGGGGCGCUGGCGACGCGCCGUCGCGACAGCUUCCGCACCGUUUACAACUGGCAGUUUGUGCGUUGCGUGGAGCUGUGGUGCCGCGCGCUGCCCGCUCUCAACGCCGCUGCGCCUGGCUCGGCCGCAUCGCUUGUGUACCCCCUGGCACAGGUGGCGUGGGGCUGCGCACGUCUCGUGCCCUCGGAGCGCUUCUACCCGCUGCGCCUGCACGUGGCGCGUGCCCUCACGGAGCUGUCGGCCGGCACGGGCGCCUUCGUGCCGGUGCUGCCGCUGCUGGGCGAGGUGCUGGAGCGCACCGACUUCAACCGGCGGCCAGGCCGCUUGAGCACACGCCCCAUCAACUUCGCGACGACGCUGCGGCUGAGCCGCGCCGAGCUCCAGGAGAAGUCGUUCUGCGACGGCCUCGUCGAGCAGCUCUGCGACGCGACACUGGAGCACCUGCGCACGCAUGCGCACCGCGUCGCCUUUCCCGAGCUGGUACUGCCCUUCUCUCUGCAGCUGCGCGCCUUCCUCAAGCGCUGCAAAGUGGCCAAUUACUGCCGGCAGGCACGCCAGCUGCUGGACAAGCUGACGGAGAACUCGACGUUCGUGUCGGGGCGACGCGGAGUGGCGGGGGCGCCGGCCGUGACUGACGUGGCGGCCGUGGAGGCGUGGGAGGAGCGGCUGCUCGCCGAGGGCACGCCGCUGAGCCGCUACUACGACGCGUGGAAGCGCCUGCGUGAGCACGAGCUGCGACUGGAAGUGAGCGGCAAGGAGAGGAUGGAGGACGCGGGGCUCCCGGCCAUCGUGAAGCGGAGGCGCGCACAGGCCGAACGGGACGUCGACAAGGACAGCGACCGGAAAGAGCUCACAGAGCUCUUCCCGUCCGACGACGAAGAUGACGACGAUGGUGAAGUCGACGACGAUGGCGCAGGUGACGACGAGGAAGAUCGUAGCGGGAGUUUGAUCAAGGUUAAGAAGAAGAAGGGUGCGAAGAAAAGUGAUGAUGACGACGUUGAUUUUGACAUGGAUGACUUUUCAGGGAGCGACCUAGAGGGCUUGUCCGACAGUGAAGACGAAGUCGAUGUGAGAGGUAAUAAAAAGGGGAAUAAGGUCGAGAAGAUGAUAGAGAAGGAGAAGGAAGCGAAGGGGAAGAAGGGGAAAGAGCGAGCGAAACCCAUCCCGGUCGCAGUGCUGAAGGACCUAGCUGAGGGAGGAGAUGACGUUGUGGAAGACCUGGCGCUGUCGUCCGACGAGGGGUGAUGACAACGACCUCCUCAGGGCACCAAGGUCCCACCCCCUCUCUCCUGCUCUCCAUGACUCCUCGCCUGCUGCCCAACUUUCCCAUUCUCUCCUCGAGUCUCCUGGACUCCCCCUAAAUGUCCGCUCAAGUCCCCAGGACUUUAGACUCUCCCCAACUCUCCAAUCCUCCCCAUUCCAGACCUCUAGUCACAGUGAAACAAUAACGUGAGGAUUUCUCAACCAGUCGCGGUUGACCGUUUGUCAGCUGUCUUGUGGUUGUGCAGAUGUAAUGACGACAAAUGUUGGCCAGCAGCAGUCGCGCACUCACAGCGAGAGGCCUGAUGCUUCGUGUUGCUAACCAAUACAAUGGUUAGUCAAAAGGUUCUGAGCUGAACAUAAAUACACCAGAGUAGGUAAGCAAAUUAAGAAACACGUUAUUUAUCAACCGAUUUAACAGUACGUUUCUCGUGUUGCUGAAGCUUUUUCAUUCCCUCCACCAAUGUCUUUAUUCCAGCCCAAUAACCUUCAGCUCAUCAUCCUGAUCUUCAAAGUGCUUUUCAUUUGGAUGAUCCUUUAAUUUUAGAAAACGGGUGGAAGUCAUUGGGUGCCGGGUCUGAAGAAGAGGCGGUGAUGUGGGAGUUUCUCCAAGUGGUUGAUUGUUGACGUCGGUCUUGGACUGUGCUGGGGUAUUGUCAGACAAAUAAAAGUGGGUGUGCGAUUCUCAUUUUUCCACGAUGCAGUCCAUGGAGCCUGUCUAGUAUUGAGCUGUGACCGUUUCCUUGUGUGGCAUGAAGUCGAAGUGCGCCACAGCUCUAACAUCCUACCACGCUGUGCACAUGGACUUGUAGAAAACUCGAGACUUAAAUUUAUUUGGUCCUGGAGAAGUUGGACCUUUCCACUGCAUGAACCGACUGGGCGGGGUCAAUUGUGAAUCCAAGUGACCUACAAUGCUGUGCCCUGCCGGGUUGACGAUACUUAACGUGGACUGCAUUAUCAAUGGGCUCUGGUAUUUCUUUUUCUGGAACAGAACUUUUUGUACCGCCCACGUAACACCCAUUUUGUAACCGUUCGGGGAGGCUCGUUGAAGAUGACACCAGUUCAAAGUUGCAUUGCUUAAAUGCAAUCCAACAAGAGUCUCAAAAGGUGGUGGAUGAAAUGGUCCCUAAGGUGAUUUAACAGAUUCCUUUACCAACUUUGUACCAAGUUUUUCAUUUAACUGCCACAUGGACAAAUAUGUACUUUUCGACUGGAUAAGAUGUUUCAGUUGUGCUGUACAGUUCUCCGAUGCUUUUUUGAGUUGUACCGCGUGUUGCUUGGCACAGUGUCCAACGUUUUACUCCAUGUGCUAGGGAGCUCCUUUCUGUGAUGUCCGACGUUUCAUUCCACAUGAGAACCUCCCAGGACAUGGUACAACCCAGGAACACGUCGUAAGUUAGAACCUGGCUUUAUUUCUUUUCGUAUUAACAGAGUUUUUCAUGCGUUUCACAGCCGGGGGUAUGAUUUCAAUGUCACUUGACAUCUGAUCGACUUUGUUUUUGUCAUUGUUUUGAGUAGUUAUGCCUGUUAUUAUGGUGCCGUGUUUGUAACAAGACUACAAUUCAUUUGCAAUAAACUCCCUUAUCAAUGUAAACGU